AUGGACAACAAGAAUGGCGUCAAGGUCACCUACAUCGAGACGCAGUUCGUCACCUCCGACGCCGCGGGCUUCAAGUCCCUCGUGCAGCGCCUCACCGGCAAGCCAUCCGGUGCCGCCGCCGCGCCCGCGCACCAGCUCCACAGGCCGCGGCCCCGCCACGCCGACGGGAGGAGUGCUGCCACCACCGGACCGUCAGGCUAUCGCAUGCCCGCCACGGCAGGCCCCGUUAGCGCAGCGGCGAAUGACGCCGGCACCAGAUCGUCAAGCUAUCUCAUUCCCGCCACGGCAGGCCCGGUUGGUGUAGCGGCGAAUGACGCGCGGACGGCGACGGCCCAUGCCAACUCCGGCGCCGCGCAGUCGUCGUGCCUGGAUGAGCUGCACGGCCUCUGCGAUUACACAGAGCUUUUCACCGUCGUCGGCGCGAGCGAACAGCAGCGUCACGGCAGUUACAGUGGUUUCCCCUAUUGA